AUGGCGUGGCCCUGCAUCACCCGCGCCUGCUGCAUCGCCCGCUUCUGGAACCAGCUGGACAAGGCGGACAUCGCCGUGCCCUUGGUCUUCACCAAAUACUCGGAGGCCACCGAGCAGCAGCAGCAUCCUCAGCAUCCCCAGCACCCCCUGCAGCAGCAGCAGCAGCAGCCCCAGCCCGUGGUCCCCGCUCCCCCGCAGCGCCCCUCCGUCCCCAUCGCCACCCAGCCCGGUGCCGAUGCUGCUGCUGCUGCUGCGGGAGGAGGAGGCGGUGGGGAAGCGGCUCCCGGCUCGGCACGGCCCGGCCCGGCCCCGCACGCUUCUCCCCCCGCCGAUUCGGUGAUGCGGCACGACUACAAACCCUGGAAGGUGCAGCGGCCGGAGCCCAGCUGCAAGCCCAAGAGCGAGUACCAGCCUUCGGAUGCGCCCUUCGAGAAGGAGACGCAGUACCAGAAGGAUUUCCGCGCCUGGCCCAUCCCCAAAAGGGGGGAUCACCCGUGGAUCCCAAAAGCGGGACCCUCGCCGGUCCUCGGUCCGGAGCGAGCAUCCCCGGAGAAGCCGGCUCAGGAGAAGAGGAGGAAGAAGGAGGAAGACCCCGAGGCCGAGGAAGAGCAUCCCAAAGCCGGGGCCGGGAGGGAGAAGGGCCGGCAGAAGGGCGAGGAGCCCGGGGGGCAGCAGGCGGAGGCGGGCAGGGGCAGGGCGGCUGCCGAUGCCCUCAACAGGCAGAUCAAGGAGGAGGUGGUGGCGGCGGGGGUCAGCUCGUCCUACAGAAAUGAGUUCAGACCAUGGAUAGACGUCAAGCCUGUGAAAGCUAUAAAAGCCAAGGCCCAGUACAAGCCGCCGGAGGAGAAAAUGACCCAUGAAACCAGUUACAGCGCUCAAUUCAAGGGGGAAACCAGUAAGCCUGCUCCAGCUGAUAACAAAUUCCUGGAGCGCAGAAGGAUACGCACUCUCUACAGUGAACCUUACAAAGAACCUCCAAAGGUGGAAAAGCCUAGCGUAAAGCCUUCCAAACCAAAAAAGACCACAACAAGCCAUAAACCCCUGAAAAAGGCCAAAGACAAGCAGAUUGCAUCGGGCCGGGCUGCCAAGAAAAAGAGCGCCGAGACCUCCAACACAGCAAAACCAGAGGACAAGGAGAAAAGUAAAGAGAUGAACAAUAAACUGGCUGAGGCGAAAGAGACCCCUGAAAAAAACCCUGGUGCUACAGACCAAGAACCAAGUACCUUAGUGCAGGACCAAUGCACAUGA